UCUCUCUACGAAUUCUGCCGAGUAAUGCAAAAGCGUCGCAGCAGCAGCUGCAAGCAAAUUCAAUAAGUUUUCCUUCACCCCUCUCACAAUAAAAAAAACUGUAUUCUAAUAAUUAUCAAAGUGAGUAAGCAUGGAAGAGCUACGCAAGCAUUUGUCAAAAGUGAACGUGCCGUGCGGCAAUCCGCCCAUCUACAAAGACGAAUGCGUCUUCUCCUAUGACAAUCCAGAGACGCCGACGGGCCUCUAUGUCUGUCUGCAGAGUUUCUUGGGCUUCGGCGAAUCAUUUGUUUGCGAAUAUGCCGCCAAGACCGGCAACAAUGUGUUUCUGCACAUUCGACGCGAGCGCAAACUGAAAGAGGACGCCGCGGAGCAAGAGCAAGCGGCAGAGCAGGAAGCGGGACCAGAGCGUAAAAUAACACGUCUGGCAAUUGGCGUCGAAGGCGGCUACAAUGAGACUGAUAUGGCUAAGAAGUAUGAGAUCAAGUACACGUAUAGCAUUGUCGUGGCACCGCAGCUCGACAAGAAGUUGCCCUAUCCGGAUCCCGAGCUGCCCAUGCGUGUCACCCAAGCAGUGGAAGCAAUUCUUGCCGCCGACUCGGCGAUAGCCAAGCUGGAGAAGGCAACACUGAGCGGCACUUGGGAUGGUGAGGUGCGUCAGGCCUCCAAGUAUGCCGAAAAUUUGCAGCAGCUGGAUAAUGGCAAGAAAAUUCCACCCGCCGGUUGGCAAUGCGAGAAAUGCGAUCUCACCAACAAUCUGUGGCUCAAUCUUACCGAUGGUUCCAUACUCUGUGGUCGCAAAUUCUUCGAUGGCAGCGGUGGCAAUGAUCACGCCGUGGAACACUAUCGUCAGACCAGUUAUCCGCUUGCUGUUAAGCUGGGCACCAUCACCGCCGAUGGUAAAUCGGAUGUCUUCUCGUAUCCCGAGGAUGACAUGGUCUUGGAUCCGCAUUUGGCAAAGCAUUUGUCGCAUUUCGGCAUCAACAUGGCCGCGAUGCAAAAGAGUGAGAAGUCCAUGGUGGAACUGGAGUUGGAGAUUAAUCAGCGCAUUGGUGAAUGGUCCGCUCUAACGGAGAGUGAGAGCGAACUGCAACCGUUGGCUGGUCCCGGUUUCACGGGCAUGCGCAAUCUGGGCAACUCGUGCUACAUCAACAGCGUGAUGCAAGUGCUCUUUGCCAUCCCAGAUUUCCAGCAGCGCUUUGUGGGCAGUGGCGCAGAGCAUUAUUUCAAGGAGUAUCCCAGUGAUCCGGCCAAUGAUUUCAACAUUCAAAUGGCAAAGUUGGGCAACGGUUUGCAGUCGGGCAAAUACAGCAGCAUUGCUGAAAAUUCACUGGACACGGAGCACAUGACGGGCAUUUCACCAGCCAUGUUCAAGAAUAUUGUGGGCAAGAAUCACCCGGAUUUUAGCACCAAACAACAACAGGAUGCCAACGAUUUCUAUUUGCAUUUGCUGACGCUGCUCGAUCGGAAUUCGCGCAAUCAAUUCAAUCCCGCUGAUUCGCUCAAGUUUCAGCUUGAGGAUCGAGUCGAAUGCUUGGCCAGUCGCAAAGUCAAGUACACGACGCACGAGGAGUACAGCUUCCGUUUGCCCAUUCCCCUCGACCAGGCCACCAACCUAGACGAGGUGCGCGAGUAUCAGGAGCGUGAACAAGCUGCCCAAGCGAGCGGACAACGGCUGCUCAAUCGGGAUAUUGUGCGGCACAAGGUUCCAUUGCAGGCGUGUCUGGAACGCUUCUUUGGCUCUGAACUGAUCGAACAAUUCUAUUCGACGGCCAUCAAUGGCAAGACCAAUGCCAAGAAAACAACACGUAUGGCCACAAUGCCGGACUUCCUCAUGAUUCAUUUGGGUAAAUUUACGCUAGGCGAUGACUGGGUGCCCAAGAAACUGGAUGUCUCUGUUGACAUGCCCGAUGAGCUCGAUUUGAGCGUAUGGCGUUCUUCAGGUGGACUCCAAGCUGGCGAGGAUCCGCUGCCAGAGCCUGCAACUGAGGCGCCCAAGUUUGUGUUCGACGAGACGUUCAUGUCGGAACUGCUGACCAUGGGAUUCCCCGCGGAGGCGUGCAAACGUGCUUGUUUCCAUACCAAAAACUUGAGUCUCGAGGCUGCCUCCAACUGGCUAAUGGAGCACAUUGCCGACCCCGAUAUUUCUGAUCCCUUCGAGGUGCCCAACAAUCGAAUUGGUGAUGGCGCCGCUGCAGCGCAGCAAUUUGUGGCCAACCCGGAGAGUCUGGCUAUGCUGAUGAGCAUGGGCUUUGAUGAGCGACAGGCGGUGGCAGCGCUUAAGGCCACCGAUGGCAAUGUGGAACGUGCCACCGACUGGAUAUUCUCGCAUGCGGACAGCAUUGAUGAGGCGCCGCCCGCAGCAGCAGCAGCUCCCACAGCUGCGGCUGCAACAGCCACAACGAAUUAUCGCGAUGGAUCUGGAAAAUAUAAACUGCUGGCAUUCAUCUCGCACAUGGGCACCUCGGCCCAGGUGGGACACUAUGUGUGCCACAUACGCAAACAGGGAGAAUGGGUGAUCUUCAACGACACCAAGGUGGCCAAGUCACAGAAUCCGCCCAAGGAUCUGGGCUAUCUGUAUUUGUAUAUGCGCGAAGAGUAAAGCGUUCGACAACAACAAUUGAUCUCCCAACUGUGUCCCCCAAAAAUUUUGUGAAAAUUCUGCAUAUUGCGUAAAUAAAGUAAAACAAAUUAAUCCA